AAAGUGGGUGGAGCAGGCGCUCUUCUGAAAGACUCGCACCUCCUCACAAGCCUGUGGGACAGCGGCAGAGAUGCAGAGGAUGCAGGUAGCAGGCGACCGCAAUUCCCCUAGCUCCAUUCUGGACGGCCUGACUGGAGAUAGGCCAAGAGAGGAGGCACCUUUCCUGAGGCGCUCCGCUUGGCCAACUCACUCAGCCACAGUCAUGCCUCGCGGACAGUUGUGUCAGGGCCAGUGGGUUCCGCCAGGGGCCACAAACCCACAAGCCGCUCACGCACAGCCCAGCACUAAAGACGACGCAAAGCGUGCAGAAGUCGGUGUCGGUGUCGGUGAAAGACAGAGAGGCAGAGGAGAAAGCCAGGGCAGCCGCGGCAAAAGCUGUGAGAUCGAGAGGAUGCUGCUGACAGGUGCCCAAAGACCAGCGGGGCCACCCCCUCAAGCCCCGAAGCUACCUCCAGCUCCGGUGAUCGCGGGGGGCGUGGGCGCGGGCCCAGGCCCGGUUGCCGGCUCAGGAGUGGGUGGCCCUGGGGCCUUGGCCCCCGAGGGGUACCCAAUGAGACCUCCUUUCCCAACACCGCUACCCAUACCGAUCCCAAUCCCAGUACCUAUCGGGGCUCCGUCUGGCCAGUCGCAAACUCUGCAUGUAUUUACUUAUUUAAUUGACGGAGUCAUGGGCCGGAAUGCAGAACCCGGACAAGCCGUCUGGCAAGGCAAUGAGCCCCAGGCAAUGGGGCCAGAGUGGGUGGCCCAGCCCCCACCUCCACCCGCCGCCGCAGAGGCCAGACUUGAAGGUGAACAGGUGAAUGACCGCAGACGACUGGAUAUGGCCUUCCCCGGCUUAGGCCUGGACCUGGGCUUCGGUCUCGAGGUGCAGGCCGGCCUGGAGCAGCUCAUGGAUGCUGGCUGGGUCGGAGCAGAAGUGGGGGCCGCGACAGCGGCGGGAAGAGCAAGAGGCCAGAACAGAAAAGCCGGUCCAGGGCUGUCCGCCCGACGCCAAGAGCCGCCAGGCAGAGGGGAGGUGGCAGCUCUCGCGGCCGUGGCGAGGAUGGCACUGGCACGGGCAGAGGCUGGAGAAGCCCCAGCAGCGGCCGGAGCAGGAGCAGGAGCAGGAGCAGGAGCAGGAGCAGGAGCAGGACCGCCAGCCCCAGCCGCAGCUGGCCCGGCCGCUGCAGCCAUGGUCGGACAACCCGAGAGAAAGAAGCAGCGCCGCAAUCGAACCACCUUCAGCGCUUUCCAGCUGGCAGAGCUGGAGUGCUCCUUCCAGAGGUCUCACUACCCAGACAUCGUUGCCAGAGAAGAAUUGGCUGCUCACCUGGAGCUGAAUGAAGCAAGAAUUCAGGUUUGGUUUCAGAACCGUAGAGCCAAACUUCGGAAGCGUGAAAGAAAAGAGAUUGUCAGGCACUACUCCACUGUUACCAUCACCCAACCUGCCGGCCUUCACAGAGAUGCCCAAUAUCCUGGAAACCCCGCAGAUGGUCCCUGGAGGGGGAUACCUGUUCCAUUAGCACCUGAAGUACCACCAAUGGCACCGCCUGCAGCACCACCUGUGGCACAACACGUGGUUCCAAAUGCAUCAGAUCCUGUGGUGCCACCUGUAGCACCACCCAUGGGCCCAGGUACAGCUCCGGGUGCUGUAACAUCUGUAGGGGUCAGCAGUGUGACCUGGACCUCUAUGUUCAGAGGGCCUCUUAUAAAUCCCCAGUUUGGGAGGUAUGGGUUAAAUUGAGCUCUCAAUAGCUCCUUCCCUGAGAACAUGGGCAUGGGGUUCAUUUUCAAAAUUCAAGAAUCCCACUUGCAUAUAAAGUUGCAUUUAUUUUUCUGUUGAAAUUCCAGUAAAUCUACUUUCACGGCCAACAAGGCCACAUUAAUUGGUUAUUUCUAGUUUCUCUGGCCCAUAUUCACAUGCCUCAGAUGCCUACUAAAGGACUAUGUGAUAUAGGUUUGCAAGAAGGGGUUAGUUACUUAGAAAGGUUCUUCAGUUGACAUGUUCAGUUAGAAGUUAGGAAGGUAUAUCUCUUUUUUUGUACUGUCUAAUUACUCCAGGAUUGAAAUCCUUUUGUGAUGAUGAUGCCUAGUAGAAGCUAUAAAACUCCUAUCAGACCCACCUCUGAUACCUCUGAUGCAGUCAUGGUUGGAAGGAAAUCCUUCCAUUUAAGCCCCAUGUCAGUCUUGCAAACACUCUUCAACUGCAAAAAGAGCCAGAACUCUUUCCCACCAAUAGGUCAGCUCUUGGCAAUACAGCAUAUAAGCUCCACACCCAUAUUAAGUCCUUCCAUUUGGCUAAAUGGGGACCAAGACAUAGCAUAACGCUACUGAAUGUUGUGGGCCAUUGAUUAAAAACAACGAGGUUGGGUGGGUUAUCGCCAAAGGCCAUUCGCCACUUAUAAAGAAGCAGAGUUCAAAGAAAGAAAAUGUUAGUUCUUGGAGUUCAGAGUUGAUGUCCAAUGUCAGCCAUUGUCGAGUGUUCCAAGAUAGGGGAAAAGUCCCAUUCAAGAUCCCUUGGGAAUGUAGUCUAACUAACGGGUUCCAAAUAAGUUUCACACUUAGAGCAUAUAAGGCAAUGGAAUGUUUAUUUUCCAGACAAGUGACUUUCAUAAUCAAAUUGAAAGAGAAGAUAUAAAAUGUUGUUGAUAGAAAAAUGGAACUCUGUAAUUCACAUAAAUUGUAUCUUGCCUCUAAAAUAAAAGUAAAUAAAAAUAAAAUUGAUUGUGCCUAAGAA